AUGAGCGAGAGCACGAGGCUCAAAAGCACAGUCUAUGUCGGCGGACUUGACUCGGCAGUGACAGCUCAAACAUUAGCGGAGGCGUUUGUCCCAUUCGGCGAGAUUGUCGACAUCACCCUUCCCAAAGCGGAUGCACAUAACUCUGGGGAGGCGCACCGAGGGUUUGGAUACGUCGAAUUCGACCUUCCCCAGGACGCAAAAGAAGCAAUCGACAACAUGGACGGCAGUGAGAUCUAUGGACGAACAAUCAAAGUUGCGGCCGCGAAACCCCAAAAGGAUGCCAACGAAGGACUUGGGAGCAAGACUGCCAUCUGGGAACAAGAGGGUUAUCUGGCCAAGCAUGCUGUUGAUGAAGCAGAUAGGCAAGCGGCUGAAGAGGCUCGACAAGCCAGCAAUCGGCCACAAGAUCCUAUGCAAGGGCUUGAGCAGCUUGAUGUGGCUGGGCCUAACCCAGAAUGA